CGUGGAUCUCCUGCAGGCCCAUCAAGGAAAUCACCGAACACGAGUUUCUCAGCCACAAGCUGCUUGGGCACGAGGAGAAACGGUGUCAAGCACUGCAACGCUCUUUGCCUCCAUAUCGUUCACAGUAAAUUCUCCUGUUUCUUCUGUCUUUUGUGAUGUCUUGCGGCCUUUGAUGUUAUUAGUUGGCUUGAAUAUCGGUGGACAUAAUAUGGAUACUAGGGAUAAUUUGACUAGGGCUGCCCUAGUUCAAUACAUACCCUCUCUGAAUGACUCCUCCUUGCUCAAACCAGACCCGCAGCCCGUGUUUACCUUUGCUCCGCACUACUCUCAACCUUGGCAGCCAAUUCCUAGCUGCAGCAGUAACCCUACAUUCUCCUUCUCGGAGGAGGACUUCCCUCCUCUCAAGUCUAAACACACACAAGGCGUGCCUGGUCCAUCCAAUCUUCUGAAGCAGUCUGGUCCGGUGAACUUAUACCCGACACCACCCUCCAGCACUUCUCCAUCAAAGUGCACCAUCCCACUACCAGAAGAAAGAGGCGAAUUUACUCCCAUCUUCACUACACAUUCACCAGGCGUCUUGGAUUCCCCGACCGUUAUGCGCCGCGAGGACCUUGCUUGCCAUAGACCUCUGACGCCACCACCGACGCAGUUGCUCUAUAACCUGGAGUUGCCAGGGUAUGAAGAUGAUAUCGAUGUUUCGAUGUGUGACGAGAGCGGGCAUGCAAUUCAUCAGAGUGAUUUUGAAGAGGAUUUUUACGACGGGAUAUCUGCCAUGUCGGAUAGUUCCGCAGAGUCAGAUUCGCCGCUUUCGCCUCUAUCACCACCCUGGAAGCCGCCACUGGAACAUGGCCUGGUGAACUCUCAUUGGAAUGAUCCGCCCUCCCCCAAAUUUUCCUGGUCUCCCUGUUCAGGGAGUGAGGACAUCGGUGAUAUGUCUGUAGCAGUAUCCAACGAUACAACGUCCUUUUCAUCUGAUCAGGCGCCCUACCUUCCUGGCCCCCGUCCCAGACUCGUACCGCUUCACAUACCCUGGUCAUCGCACCAACACAUACCCAUGCAUCAACUAGAUGAGCACCCCCCAUCCUCCCCCCAAUGUUCCGCGUUCUCAUCGACAGACAUGGUCAUCGAUGAUCCUCCAGAGCUCAGAUCCCCUCAUCUUUCCCUUUCAGGUCUUCCCGAGCUAGAACAUGAAAAAGCGUUACCCCAUAUACCACCAUCAUCUCCCAGCAGGCGGUCCUGCUCCUCUCUUCCCGACGAUACAGACCUACCAUAUUCUCCACCUUCUCCCGGCCCAUCGCUCCUCUCGCUCCCGGGUGCUGACACAGAUGACAACCUCCUCCCCAGUGCAUCCGCAUUUUUGCCCCUCUCAUCAUUGCAAACCGUCCCAUUCGUCCCUAGCCAGCCACUUUUGUUCAUCCACGAUCCGAGGGAUGUGCCUCUCCCACGCUCACCAUCGCCUGAGGAUUUCAAUCUCUGCCUUUCCGUGCACGACAUGGACAACGACCCUGAGCUUGCGCAGCUCUUCGAGUUGCGCAAGCGCUCACUCGCUGCAGUGCAGGGGUCGUGCGAGGGCCUGGAAGGCACAGAUGCGUACACACGCAAGAGUGCGGAGGUCGGAGCUCUGCUCAGGUUGAAGCUCGGCGACAAGCUCGGCAUGGAUGUAAAUGAGGGAAGGAGUCCUGAACGCCGCAAGAAGGGCGUCAUAGGGAGCAUAUCCCAGCUAGUCGCGCAGAUGGUGUUACGGCGACACGAGGCUUCACGACCACUGGCGAAACGCAAGUCGGUACUGUCUGCGCAAGAAUAUGUGCAUUCUCCACUUUCAGCAUGUAUCGCUUGUGAUCCGUAGCUACGAGGAUCGGAUCAGUGGCCGUUUUUUUAGACUUCGGAGGUGCAUUGUUUGGUGCUGUACGCUCAAAUGUUAUGUUGUUGGACUAUGUCCUUGUAUGCCUUUAGCUUGUAAUCACCAUUGACACCGCUAGCAUGGAACCAAUCUUCCAAACCCCUUUGUUUCCCAUCUAUUGGAUUUAUGUUUGCAGAUAUCGGAAUAGGCGCUCGUGUACGAAGCGAAAAAAUCUAACUACGUCGAAAACUACAUAAGAUCUCUUCGUUGUACAUCAUACAUGCCAGAUUCAUAAUAUCUAUGCAGUUCCGUUAUUACCGUCUUGAUUCUUUGCAUGCAUUCGAAUGGUUUCCCUUCGCA